CUGCCGCCGGGCGCGUGCGCAGGACCUGAUAGGUGCCCGGACGCGGAAGACUUGGCCCCGUGGAGGUUCCCGCUUCUGAAGCGUGGGAGGCGGAAGAGGCGGCAGGUUGUAGAUUUUGGUCUUGGCCCCAAGGGGUUCCCUCCGGGCCAUCAGAACCCAAGAGAGGAAGAGGAGGCACCGCGGCGGCGGGCCGAACCCCCCACCUGUCCUCCAGGCCGGGAGGGGGGGGUAGGGAGGGGAUAAGCAACCCUCGCAGGGCUGAGGAGCUCCUAGGACCGGGUCCCAGAGCAUGGGGGGCUGGACCGGGUCCCCGAGCAUGGGGAGCUGGAGCCGUCGAGGCCGCCUGGCCGGGCCCUGCCCGACUGUCAGCUUAACGGUGGUGUUAGCACUGCCCGGGCAGCUGCGGUGUCUGUAGCCCGGCCCCACUUGAGGUCGUCGGCCGAAAGAUAGCAACAUGAGUUCCGCCGCUGCCUAGUUUCCUCCCCCUCCUCUUCUCCCUCUGUCCGCCUCCUUCUCCUCUUCCCCAUACUUCGUCUUUUCCUUUCCCUCUCUCGUGCUCCUCUUUUUCCUCCACCCUGCCCUCCUUCCCUUCCGUCCUCGUCCUUUCCCCCAUCUUCCUUUCCCGAUUCUGUCCUCCUUGUACUCUGUUUUCCUGUUUUUCCAUCUAUCCCCUUUCCCUUCCUUUUGCUCUUUUCCCUCCAUCCCUCUCUUUUCUCCAUCGUCUUCCCCUUAUUCUGUCACCCUCCACCACCACCUCCUCUCGCUACCGUCUCCCCUUCCUCCUCCCCUCACUCACUAUCAGCCUCCCUUCCUCAUCCUCAUCCUCCUUCCCUCCUCCUCCUCCUCCUCCUCCUCCUCCUCUCCUGCUUUUCUCCGCCCCAGCCCCCGCCCCCAAGCCUCCGCCCCUUAGCCCCCGCCCCCAGCUGCCAGUCCCCAGCAGCUCAGUCCUGCAGUGAGAGUCUUGGGAGUCCAUAGCUAAGCACCAGGAGCUGAGCACUGCCCGCUGUGCCUGCCUGCAAGUCUCCGACAUGGCUCAGGAGAAAAUGGAGCUGGACUUUGAGCCUGACACAUCUGAUGGGGGCGCCCUGAGGAGAUCCAGCAGCGCUCCCCUGAUCCACGGGCUCAGUGAUCUUUCUCAGGUUUUUCAACCUUACACAUUUAGAACUCGGAGGAAUAGUACAACGAUUAUGAGCCGUCAUACCCUGUUGCUGUCGUCGUCACCAAAUCGCGUUCCUAGUAGCAGACUGCAUCAGAUCAAAAGGGAGGAAGGCAUGGAUAUGAUGAACAGAGAAACUGCACACGAACGGGAAGUGCAGACAGCAAUGCAGAUCAGCCAGUCAUGGGACGAGAGCUUGAGCCUGAGUGAUAGCGAUUUUGAGAAGCCGGAGAAACUAUAUUCUCCUAAAAGGAUUGACUUCACUCCAGUUUCUCCGGCACCAUCACCCACCAGAGGGUUUGGAAAGCAAUGUUUUUCACCAUCCUUACAAAUGUUUGUGAGCAGCAGUGGGCUGCCGCCAAGUCCCGUGCAUAGUCCAAGACGCUUUUCCAGCAGGAGGAGUCAGAGUCCAGUCAAGUGCAUUAGGCCCAGUGUUCUUGGUCCUCUUAAAAGAAAAGGUGAAAUGGAAACAGAAAGCCAGCCCAAGAGGCUCUUCCAAGGCACUACCAAUAUGCUGUCUCCGGAGGCUGCACAACUGUCUGAUCUCAGUUCAUGUUCAGAUAUUUUGGAUGGCAGUAGUAGCAGCAGUGGCUUAUCCUCAGACUCACUGGCUAAAGGCAGCACAACCGCAGAGUCUCCAGUAGCAUGCACCAAUUCAUGCUCUUCGUUCAUCUUGAUGGAUGAUCUCUCACCCAAGUGACUUACCCAUUUCUGAUUCAGUGUUUUAACUGCUGUUUCCUACACAAAACAUUUCAGUGAGGAACGCAGAGAGCUUUGAUCCAUAAUGAGGAUUAAAGUGUUACAGACUUCAACCAUUUCGAUGCCGUUCUUUUUUGGCAUCUCUCUCCUCUAAAGUUCAAUUUUACAAGUGUAGUGACCUGACUCAUGUCUCUUCUUGCUGAUUUCGUUUUGGAUCCAGUGACUAAAUCUCAAAUAACUCAUUUUUGAUUGCUUAGAGUAUAUAUUUUUUCCCUCCGUGCCUCAGAGAGCACCUAUUUUAGAGUCUAUGCGUUUAAUAAAGGAAAGCACUGAUGUGUAUUUUCAACAGUGGUUCUUUUUCCCAGCAGUGACAUGACAGCUAAAGUUGAUCAGAAAUUCUCUUGCUUGAGAGAUUGUUUUUGUUGUCUGUUGACUACAUAGUUUCAAAUCUCUUUAUUCCACGAUAAUAGAUGGAUUGCUUUCGAUUAUAUUAAAUUUUUAUUUUUCCGCAUCAGCUUAAAGUACAUUAUUUUGUUUCCCUUUCCUGUUUGAGCUGCUUACUUGCCAUUUCUCACCGAGGGGAGGGAACACGUAGUUGCUUUCAUUACUAUCCAUGUCGCUUUGCUGGUGGAGUGUAUGACGUGAGGAUUGAUUUUAGUGCUGAGAAUGUAAAUGGACUGACGGGAUGCCUGGAUUAGUCACCAGAGGUUCUUAUGCCUUAGCUACCGCGGUUGAUGUUUUUCUCCCCAAACCUGUUGCCCGAAGGAAUAUAUAAAAUAUUGUUAAUGUUUCUAGGUGGUGUUAUCAAGGAGAAGAAAUCCCUGCCUUGACCAGAUGUGUGGAGCAUCUACAAAUGAAUGAAUAAUGUUAUUUACACACAAAGCACUGUGUAGAAAAGCGUACGCGGAGCUUGACAGCUUGUUUCGGGUGGUAUUACGAGGCCCGAGGUGCCUUGGGGUGCAGUGUUGUGCUGUAAAGGUGUAUGUCAUAAGGUAGGCUAGAAAAGGGGGCUUUAUGUGUCUUACUGCCACAUGCUGUUUUGAUUGCUGCUUUUUGCUGAUUCCUUUCUCGUCCUUGGAUUUGUUUGUUUUGUCGUGUGGUGAGUGCUGCUGCCCACUGUGUUUUGGUUAUUGUGUUUUUGCCGCUAGAGUCAGAAUCCAGUUCUUGUUGAUGCUGCCUUCUAGCAAGGGCAGCUUCGUAUCUCCGAGGAAGCUCUCAGGAGCCGCAAAAGUCCAUGUUACUGUGCAUUCUGCUUUUAAGAAGCUGUUGAGCUGUGAACAGUGGACAUGAUAGUAAGUCUGAGGUACCGUAAGUUAUUUAAUUUCUAAAAGAGGAAAAUCCUGACAGAGCUAUUUAAAAAAGCUGAGUGUAAUCUAUCGUUGUGUUAUUUAUUAUUUAAAACUGUGUUAAAAUGUUGUGAUAGAUUUCUUUUAAUGUUGAGACAUCGUGGUUGGGUUGUCUGUGUUUAAUAUGCCAAUUUUCCCGCUAGGAUCAUAAUAUUCCACGUCUUAAAUGAAUGUAAGAAAUGGAAAACUACUGCCUUUGUGUCCUUUGAAGGCAAAGAUUCUUGAAUUCUGAAGGAAGAUGAUGUGCUUUGAGGGUACUCACAGAGUAGUAACACUGUAUGACUUGAAGGGAAAUCUAUCCUCUUUGAAUUCUGAGAGAGCGUCGCUUAGCUUGCAGUAAGUUGUUCUGUUACAGCAUCACAUGUGGUGUUGAUUUUAAACUGUAAUAACCACCACGAUGGCCACGAAUGGCCUUGUUUCUCACAUGGUUUUCCCCUGUGCAGAGUCCAUAAUCUUUCAAUCCUAACAUAAAUGUAUAUAUUAUGAAGGUCGUUCCCUAGUGUGCCAUUUUAAAGAGAAGUUACUUCGAGGGUAUUCAGUGUGUUUAUUCUGCUUGUGAAAGAACCACGUGAAGAUGUUUCUGCCUAUAUAAUACCGAGAGAUGGUUUUCUCUUACAGGAUACUUACCCACCUUCGCUCUACUGUCUUCUUUGCCUUAAAGGGAUACUUUGGGCCAUGAAUUUUGGGCUCUAAUUUAGGACUCUUGAGAAACAACCUUUGGAAUGUGUUGAUAUUGAAAUUUCUUCUUGAAAUUCAGUGGUGGGUUAGAAUUGGGACAGGAAAAUGAAGUUGUUCCAAUAGUAGGAGAACUAGGAGACCAGAUGAUUCACUUUAUCGUUUAAACCGAGGUUCGUUUUUGUUGCUUAAAUUGACUAGAAAGUUAAGUUUAUGCAGGGAUUGUUUUGGAAUAAAUAAAAAGAGAUGCUAACCUUCAAAUGAGCUCUGGUGACAGUACCCCUUUAUUUUUAUAUAAAGUCUAAUAUUUGAAAAGUGGUCAUUGUUAUAAAAUAAAAUUCUCUCUUCCUAUUCUAAUAUAUCCUGUUUCAGGCUUCUAUUUGAAAACAAGUACAAGAGAUGAUACGAUAAGAAAAUCCCAUAGACGCUCUUUUUGCUUGACUAACUUAUAUAAUCACUGUGUUUCAUGAUAACCGCUUUUGGAAUAAAUUCUAGAAAAUUUUGUGAAAUGCUGACCUUGUGUAUAUCUUAGAAUGCAAAUUUAAUAAAGUGUGUACACAUGCAUAAAA